CCCGGCAGCGCGGCCUGCGGCGUGAGGCGGGGGAGUGAGGGAGCGAGGAGAUGCCGACCCAGAGGGACAGCAGCACCAUGUCCCACACGGUCGCGGGCGGCGGCAGCGGGGACCAUUCUCACCAGGUCCGAGUGAAAGCCUACUACCGGGGGGAUAUUAUGAUAACACAUUUUGAGCCUUCCAUAUCCUUUGAGGGUCUUUGCAAUGAGGUUCGCGACAUGUGUUCUUUUGACAACGAACAGCUUUUCACCAUGAAAUGGAUAGACGAGGAAGGAGACCCGUGUACAGUAUCAUCUCAGUUGGAGUUGGAGGAAGCCUUCCGCCUUUAUGAGCUAAAUAAGGAUUCUGAACUCCUGAUUCAUGUAUUUCCUUGUGUACCAGAACGUCCUGGAAUGCCUUGCCCAGGAGAAGAUAAAUCCAUCUACCGUAGAGGGGCACGUCGUUGGAGAAAGCUUUAUUGUGCAAAUGGACACACUUUUCAAGCCAAACGUUUCAACCGGCGUGCUCACUGUGCCAUCUGCACAGACAGAAUAUGGGGACUUGGGCGCCAGGGAUAUAAGUGUAUCAACUGCAAACUCUUGGUUCACAAGAAGUGCCACAAACUUGUCACAAUUGAGUGUGGGAGACAUUCUCUGCCAGCGGAACCAAUGAUGUCAAUGGAUCAGUCAUCCAUGCACACAGACCGUUCACAAACAGUGAUUCCAUAUAAUCCUUCAAGUCAUGAGAGUUUGGACCAAGUUGGUGAAGAAAAGGAGGCCAUGAACACCAGAGAAAGUGGCAAGGCUUCAUCCAGCUUAGGUCUUCAGGAUUUUGAUUUGCUCCGGGUCAUAGGGAGAGGAAGUUAUGCCAAAGUACUAUUGGUUCGAUUAAAAAAGACAGAUCGCAUCUAUGCAAUGAAAGUUGUGAAGAAAGAGCUUGUCAAUGAUGAUGAGGAUAUUGACUGGGUGCAGACAGAGAAGCAUGUUUUUGAGCAGGCUUCCAAUCAUCCUUUCCUUGUUGGGCUGCAUUCUUGCUUUCAGACGGAAAGCAGGUUGUUCUUUGUUAUAGAAUAUGUAAAUGGUGGAGAUCUAAUGUUUCAUAUGCAGCGACAAAGAAAGCUUCCUGAGGAACAUGCCAGGUUUUACUCUGCAGAAAUCAGUCUAGCUUUAAAUUACCUUCACGAAAGAGGGAUAAUUUAUAGAGAUUUGAAACUGGACAAUGUGCUACUGGACUCUGAAGGACACAUUAAGCUCACUGACUAUGGCAUGUGUAAGGAAGGAUUGCGGCCUGGAGAUACAACCAGCACUUUCUGUGGUACUCCUAAUUACAUUGCUCCUGAAAUUUUAAGAGGAGAAGAUUAUGGCUUCAGUGUUGACUGGUGGGCUCUUGGUGUGCUGAUGUUUGAGAUGAUGGCAGGAAGAUCUCCAUUUGAUAUUGUUGGGAGCUCUGAUAACCCUGAUCAGAACACAGAGGAUUAUCUCUUCCAAGUUAUUUUGGAAAAGCAAAUUCGCAUACCACGUUCUCUAUCUGUAAAAGCAGCAAGUGUCCUGAAGAGUUUUCUCAACAAGGACCCAAAGGAACGAUUGGGUUGUCAUCCACAAACUGGAUUUGCUGACAUUCAAGGGCACCCAUUCUUUCGAAACGUUGACUGGGAUAUGAUGGAGCAAAAGCAGGUGGUGCCUCCCUUUAAGCCAAAUAUUUCUGGAGAAUUUGGUUUGGAUAACUUUGACUCUCAGUUUACUAAUGAACCAGUCCAGCUCACUCCAGAUGAUGAUGACAUUGUGAGGAAGAUUGAUCAGUCUGAAUUUGAAGGUUUUGAGUAUAUCAAUCCUCUCUUGAUGUCUGCGGAAGAAUGUGUCUGAUCCUCAUUUUCAACGAUGGGUUCUGCUUACUGCCAUUUAAUGCAUGGAUAACCCUGUUAGCCUGGAUUUAGUGUACCAUUUUAUAUUUGUCACCUACAAAAUCCCUUUCCGUAUCCUCUGUCAUACUCUGUAGAAGUCAAUUAUUAUAGCUAGGUAUGACUAUGAAAAAGAAAAUAAGACCAGCUUCCAGAUAAUCAUGUCAGAAUUCAGUUAUACUGGUUCUUCAGAUGCCUUCUAAUGACUGAUGAAGUUGUAUUCUGUUCAAAGGAAAUGCCACUGCUUUUAAAAGAAAUUCAGGCCAGGCAUGGUGGCACUCAGUAGGCAGAGGUAGGAGGAUCACCGUGAGUUGAAAGCCAUCCUGAGACUACAUCUUGAAUUCCAGGUCAGCCUGAGCUAGAGUGAGACCCUACCUCGGAAAAACAAAACAAACAACUAAAAGAAAGUCAUUUGCGUUAAUACUCACAGCAGGAUUAUAGCAUAGGCCUCCCAUAGUAUUUGUCAUUAUAUUCUAAAUCUUCGAAGGUUUAAUUGUGUAAUAAAAGGUUAAUUCAGAAUACAGCUUCUUAUAUUACUAGUUCAGAGUUCCCUGUUGAAAAACCCUCCUAUAAAUUUUCUCAUUGGUUUGGAUAAUUAAAUUAUUGUUUUUUAUUAAACUGCUAAUAAAAUAGACUUGUUUUAUUAAGAAAAAAUUCCAAAUUAUUGGCUAUUUUUUAAAGCCUGGCACAAAUGAUUUUUCUUCUUUAGAAUAAAGGGUUAGCUUCUGAGCCUUUCCUUUAGUGAAACUCUAACUGGAACAUUAGUAUAUAUAUAGUUCAAAAGAUCCAAGAUGCAGUUGAGUGGAAAAUUGUUCAGUAUAUACAAAGGAAAAGCUAUAUAAAUUUAAAAUAGAUACAGAAAGUGCAAUGGUAAUUAUUUAUUUCUUACUGGAGAGUGAAUCCUACAGUUACUUUUUGUUAUUGACUUAAAGAAUGAGGAGGCACUCUAUUUCUUACCAAACCUGUAAAAUGCAUUCCAUUUAUUCAGUGGAGGCAGAAUGUAUAUUUUUCUUUAUUAUUUAGCAUACAAAAAAAAAUAAUUUAUCUAAGUAGAGUUCUUAACUAUUCUUAUUUCCUCCCCCAAAGUGCGUUCUCUGUACUUUGGAGCUGUUUAUGAAGUCUACAGUGAAAUCCAAGAAAAAUAAUGACCAUGACCAAAUAUGUAGAGCCCAUGCAUACGCACGUGCUUCACAGCGCCAGCUCCUUCACUAGGUUGUAUUUCAUAGGGAAUGUAGUAGAACACAUUUCAGGAUUUCAGGGGCGGAGUUCUAAAGGUUAUUUUUUAUUAAUACUAGUAUUUAGCAAUUUAUUAUUUAAAAAGGUACCAGAUAGAGCAUCAUUUUGUUGUUUAAAUAUUUUUUAUAAAAAGUUUUAAAAUGAUCAACUAAAUAGAUUACAGUUAUCCAAUCUUAGUAAAAUUUAGUUUUAGGGAAGUUAUCUAGGUUUAAAUUUGUAAUGAUGUAAGCAUGUAGGCAUUUAAUAAAUUAUCCUUUUAUGGGAUGCCUCAUUUCAUUAUAAAUGUAAUUUUUCCAAAGUCUAUGUCCUGUAUUCUCUUCAUGUCUAAAUCUGAGAGCAAUGAAAAUCUCCAGUGAUAAAAGCCAAAUAGAGCAGUACAGCACAGGCAAGUUUCCCCUGUGCAUUUGCAUGUCUGUGUGAGAGGUGCCUGGAACUUAGGAAAACAAGAAGCAGUAUUCACAUCAUAAGCUCACAGAUUUGUGGCAUUUUGUCAGAAGGAUCUUAUGACCUUGCUUUGAAGUGGUGCUGUUUCCUCUAGGGCAUUUUAGAAUGUAGACUACUCACGGAGGGGUUGAAGAUGUACUGUGUGUGUGUGUGUGUGUGUGUGUGUUACUGGUUUGUUUUUGUUUUUGGUCUCAAUGUCUGUUUCUUACUGGAGAGUAAGUCUUUUGGUUGCUUAAGCAGUGAUCUAUAAUCUUACAUUUGUAAACAAAUUUUACAUGAAUAACUUCAGUUAGAUAUCUUCCCUACCUCUACCCCAUUAAAACUUACCAUUUUCUACCAAUACAAAUGACAACCAUUUUUCUAUUAUUAAUGGUGGUCUUUUGUUUUUAAAUCUUUUUUUUAAACUAAUAAAAUUUACUGUGUAUAUUUUAUACAAAAUUGCAUUACAAGUGUUUUUAAUUGUGUUUUUUUUUUUUUUAAGUCCUUAAGUGCCAUGCCAGUUCUUUUUAUAUAAAGUUCGUUCAAAAUACUCAGCAGGGAAUAAGGCCGUGAGUGGAUAGUUGAGAAUGAUUGGCAUAUGGUAUCCUAAGAAAUAAGUUGUUUUGCAUAAGCAUAUGUUCAGAUCAUUUUAUGCAUAUGCAGCCUGGAUUGGGUAUCAAGUAUAAUGUGUGUUCAGUGCUGGUACAUUUAGUUUAUAAAUUUGUUUUGUUUUGGCUUUUGUUAUGUAGAAGACUACCUUAGUCACUGUAAAGUAAUCUGUAUUUGUGUAAUUUUUUUAUAUUCAAAUCUUUAAAUAAAAUGUUUUAAUACCCAUUAA